AUGCGCAUGAGCAUAGCACAAGCUGACGUCAUAUGCAAACGAGGCGAGGCGAAUAAAUGGCAGACAGCGAGUCUAAAGCUGCCGAACUGAUGGCGCAGGCAGAACGCCAAGUAAAAUCAGCGAGUGGCUUUAUCGGCAGAAUAUUCGGAGGCAGUGCAAAACUCGAAGAAGCCGCCGACUUAUACGCCAGAGCGGCGAACUCAUUCAAGAUGGCGAAGAAAUGGAGUGCGGCCGGAAACGCGUUUGAGCAGGCGGCCAGCAUCGCGGAGCGUCUUCAGACGAAGCACGAAUGCGCUCAGAAGUUUGUUGAUGCCGCCUCGUGUUACAAGAAGUCGAGCUUUCAAGAUGCGAUUCGGUGUUUUAACAGAGCUAUAGAGAUUUUUACGGACAUGGGUCGGUUUACGAUUGCUGCCAAACAUCAUGUUACUAUAGCUGAGAUUUAUGAGACUGACGUCGUCGAUGUUGAGCAGUGUAUUGCUCACUACGAACAGGCAGCAGAUUUCUUCAAGGGAGAAAACUCUAACAGUGCUGCCAACAAGAAUCUCCUUAAAGUUGCUUAUUACAAAGCCCAACUGGAAGAUUACGAAAAAGCUAUUGAAAUCUAUGAGCAGGUUGCUGCGAGUUCUAUAGAAGUUCCUCUUUUGAAAUACAGUGCUAAGGACCACUUUUUUCGUGCAGCGUUAUUGCAGAUGUGUGUUGAUCCAUUAGCUGGACAAAGAGCAGUCGACAAAUAUGUUGACAUGUUUCCAGCCUUUCAGGACACAAGAGAGUGCAAACUUUUGAAGAAAAUCAAUGAAUCAUUUGAAGAGCAAAACGUGGAUGCAUUCACCGAGGCUGUGAAAGAGUAUGACGCAAUUUCACGUCUUGAUCAGUGGUACACUGCAAUUCUAUUGAAAAUCAAGAAGUCGAUGGGUGGUGAAGACGAGUCUCUUCGAUAACUCACCGUAGAUUGUCUGUAUGUUCUAAGGUUGUGUAGUUGUGUUACAAGGUCAGAUGUGCAUAAUGCAAUGUCAGUGGGUGGGUGAUGCUGUUCAUAUGGUCAUUUGUAAUAAUACGACAAUUACAGUA